GCCACCACCAGCCAUCACGAGUCAUGGCCUUCGUGGCGACUUAUGGCCCGCUGGCCUCUUUUGAGCCAAAGGAAAACGACUCUUAGAAUUGACUAAAACGAAGGCACCAGCCAUGAGGCGCGAAAAGGAGGUGGAUGAAAAUGUCAUUUUCUUUCGUGUCAUCUUCCCAGGAGUCCUCGAUCCCUUUUCCUCAAGCGUUCUCGCCAGUGUCUUCCAGACACCUCUCUAUGGUGAAAUGAGAACGAGGUACUACGAUGUUCUACCAGUACUAGGUAGUGGUACUUCCUUACUCACAAGAACGCCAAGCAGAUCUUCCUUACUCCGACCUACAAGGUCUUUUCACCAGCGUUGACGGCGCCGAGCCGCCAAUUUCCGUAAACUCCCGACCUUUGAGUCGACUCGAAAGUCAUUUCCGUAAACUCCCGACCUUCUCCGCGCACGCAUUGCUUUUGAGGCGCCUUAGUAGCACGCAUUGCUUUUGAGGCGCCUUAGUAGCACGUAUUGCUUUGAGGCGCCUUAGUAGCACGAUUAAGCUGCCGCGGAGCGUCCGCCGAGUACCUGGAUAUGUAAGGAGAUUGGACAAUCCGGACUGCGGGUUUUAAGCCAUCACGGACUUCAGGUGGGAUCUCCCAUCCAGUGACAGAUUGAAUUGCCCGACCGGUUUCCGCGUUGAAGGCGGCGGCAUUUGACACAGUCACGCCUCGUUACUGUCACGGCACCAUGGGUUCUAACGGAGACGAUCAUGUCGGGGAUGAGGCGUCCGGGAGCCGACAUGGCUGCGAGAUGGGAGUGAUUUUCAAAGCUUCGCGAGAGUUUGAGAAUGUUGAGAGACUCGAACAGCAGGGAGCCACGCAGCAGCGAGUCGCCAUUCCACCCGAUUCCCUUAAAGCCGAACUCGCCGACGCCUUCGCUCCGAUUAAGUCGCUCCUGGAUAUUGACGACGACGACGACGACCAUGGCCCUUCGCGCGAAUUCCGGAGCGGAUCUCAUUUGGAACGCGCCAGACGCGCUCUCUUCCACGUGUUCCCGAUCUGCCAGUGGCUGCCGGAGUACCAGCUGACGUGGCUCUUGGGUGACGUGGUGGCUGGAAUCACCAUCACCAGCCUCGCUAUACCUCAGGACUUGGGCUACGCUCAACUGGCGCACGUCCCUCCCAUCAACGGCCUCUACGGCAGCUUCAUCCCCCCUGCAGUGUACGCGCUAUUCGGCACGUCUCGCCACAUGGCCAUUGCGCCAGUGGCCAUCGUCUCGCUGCUCAUGGGCGAGCUGCUCUCGAACCACUACAACCCCGACACCCAGCCCACCCCGUACCUCCAUCUCGCCUUCACCGCCACCUUCUUCGCGGGGGUUUUCCAGCUGGCGAUGGGGCUCCUGCGGCUGGGGUUUAUCGUGGAUCUGCUGUGCCACCCCGUGGUGGUGGGGUUUAUGGCCGGGGCGGCGGUGACCAUUGGGCUGCAGCAGCUGAAGGGGCUGCUGGGAUAUGCCACGUUCAGCACCAAGGCGAAUGUGCAGUCCGUGCUGGGAUACGUCUUCAGCAACACAGACCUGUUCAACUGGCGUGCGUUUGUCAUCGGUGUCUCUGUGCUCCUAUUCCUUCUCUCGCUCCGCUUUCUGGCGCACCGCUUCAAGCCCCACCCCAGGCUGGGCAAGCCCCUCUUCUACCUCAACUGCCUGGGCCCACUUCUCUCCGUAUUCGCCACCUCCCUCGCCGUCUACCUCCUAGGGGGGGGCAACAAACUCCCUUACAACAUCCCCACGGUUAAGGCCAUGCCAGCUGGCCUCUCCUCGUUCGGCUCGCUGACUCAGCUCCAGCUGUCAGGCCCUGAUUGCGCGGUUGCAGCAUCCAUCGGGGUUGUCGCGGCGCUGAUAUCGCUGGCCGAAGCCACGGCGAUAUCACGCAUGUUUGCCACUUUGGAGGGUUACGCGGUGGAUGGUAACCGCGAGAUGGUGGCGCUGGGAAUGGCUAAUAUCGGUGGCUCGGUUGCGUCGACUUACGUGGUCACGGGGUCGUUUUCUCGCUCCGCGGUUAAUUACUCGUCCGGGGGGCGAACUGCACUGACGAACGUGAUAAUGUCACUGCUCGUUUUAAUCACGCUCGUUGCAGUCACGCCCGCGUUUCAGUACCUCCCGACAGCCACCCUGUCUGCAAUUAUCAUAGUUGCCGUAGCAGGGUUGGUGGAUUUUAGAGCCAUCGCACUCAUAUUUAAGACUGACAAGGUUGAUUUCCUCAUCACCUUGGCAACUUCCCUCGGUAUCCUCUUUGUCUCGAUGGAAAUCGGACUCCUUAUAGGCGUUCUCGUUUCAGUGCUCAAGUUCCUGGUGCAGGCGUCUCGUCCGAAGCUACCCACCCUGGGGCUUAUAAAGGGUAUGGGGGUGUACCGAAGUGUGGAGCAGUAUCCCGACGCAGAGGCCGCUGAGGGCGUGUGGGUGUUGAGGGUCGACGGGCCACUGCUCUUCCCUGGUGCGACCUGUGUGCGGCAGCGAGUUCUAAGAACAGUGGAGAGAAGGGCAAGCAGCAGCAACGAGACGGCAAUCACGCAUGUGGUGCUGGACUGCACCUCUGUAUCAGACAUCGACACAACAGCCAUCCACGCUCUGGGGGACAUGCUGGGUCUGUUACACAGGCGCGGCGCCCAACUGGCGCUCAGCAACCCCUCCUCCACAGUGCUAAGGAAGCUGGCCCUCUCGGGCUUCCUGCAGGAGAUGGGGGAAGAGUGGCUGUUUUUGUCUGCUAGUGAAGCUGUGGAGGUGUGCCAAUCAGGUGCAAAGAACGGAGGGGUGUAGUUGUAAGGGCCACAUGCACGUUCUAGAGGACGUUACUCAGGCGCGGCGGCGCCCAACUGGCACUGAGCCCAGCUGGCGUUGAGCAACCCGUCCACCACCGUGCUAAGGAAGUUGGCUCUCUCGGGUUUCCUGCAGGAGCUGGGGGAAGAGUGGUUGUUUUUGUCUGCUAGUGAAGCCGUGGCGUGGCGGUCUGCCAAUCGGGCACAAAGGACGGAGGGGUAUGGUAAUAGUUUAGAGCAUCAGCCCCCAACAAGAAACCCUAUUUUUUUCCCCACCGUUUCUGAGUGUGCAAUGCAAGGGUUGUCAAACAUGUCUAUUUGUUAUGUUUGUAUAGACUGUAUAGGGUAGCCUCUUAGAGGGUACAACACUUAGCUAUAUUGUGUGUACUCUCUCUCUAU